AUGAGGAUGAUCGAGAGCGUUGACUCCGUGGCCAUCAGGCCCAGCGAAGACCUCUGGGCAGAAAUCUGUGCGUGUCUGCCACACCCCGACCAGAGGGACACCAGCGAUGCCUUUACAGACUCCUUCAUGGAUUCCUGCGCCGCCGGAGGAAGCUCUGAUGGCUCUUCCCAAACAAACCUGAAGCCCUGGGCUCCCCUGAGCGAUUCAGAGGUGUAUUUAGCAUCCCUAG